CGCAAGUGAAACGCAGCGGCCACGGGAUCAUCAGCGGCGUCUGAAGCCUGAAGCAGAUGAAUCCCAGCCAAUCUGGAGUCGACUCCCCUUCUCUCGAGCCCCUUGCAUGUCUAGACGCCGUCACACGUACCAAGAUGGCUGCAUCGACACGCCUGGCGCCGCCCAGCGACAUCCCAACUUCGGCUGGCAGCACGUCAGACGACGAUGACGACACCGAGUUCGGGCUGCGCGCAGAUGACAGCCCGACGGGUCAGCAGGAUGAAUACGAGCAGACGGAGUCUUUGCUGGUGCCGUCCCCUCAGUCCAAGACGCAGCGCGAGGCUCGGCAGUCGUCUCGGAGGGCCAGCAGCCCUCGCCGAAGGAGAAGGAAGAACGAGUGGUGGCUUUUCGGUGAGCGGCUGCGGGCGUAUGGCGGCUUCCUCCUGGGCAAGCUGGAGAUGCAUUCUGUCGGCGAGUUCAUGCGGACCAUGGCUUGUCGGAUGUACUACUCGCAGAGGGCUAAGUAUGUCUAUGGCGGCGUGCUGCUGCUGAGCUUCGUGUUGCUGACACAGAGCCUGUGGAUGGACGACGCCGCCACCAAUGGGGUGCUGGGGGUGCUCAUGUUCGUGGCGGAGCUGUUCGUCACAUUCAUGCUCAAUCUGGAGGUCACGAUGCGCAUCCUCAUUCUGGUACGCGGCACACAGCACAGUUCAGAGACUGUCCGUCCACUCGACUCACUCUCUGUAUGUGUGUGGACGUCGGUCGUCUUUGUGCAGGGACGGGACUUUUUCCGGCAGCGGUCGAACGUGUUUGACCUGGCACUGGCGGUGUCGUGUGUGGUGCUGCUGGUGCUGGGCCACCUGACGGACUUGGACGACACAUUAGAGCAGCCGGUGGAGGACCUUUUCCUGCAGUCGCUCAUGCUCUUCCGCUACGGCGUGCAAUUGCUGUGCAUCGUCACCAUCUGGUCAUCAGCCAAACGACCACGAGUAAGCAGAGCAGACAGAGAACCACAACGUCGUCCCGCCCUUUGCUGACGGAGAUGCUGUGUCUUCCUUGGCGUCAUGGUCUGUGCCGUGUGUGCAGUUGCCUGAGGACGAUAUAGACUUCACGAGAAUGGCGCAGAUAUCCCGAAGAAAGGAUGACGCAGUCUGAUGGAUCGAUGCGUUUAUCGAGGGGAGAGGGUGUGGUGUGCUAAGCCGAGGGGAGCAAGGGAGGGAUAUCGCAUGUAGCUAGCGGGCCGAUGGAUGGAUGGAGUACUUUUUAGGAAGGACUCAGUGCAAACGGGAGCCGUGUGCGUCAGACCGAUUGAUUGUGUAUGUACAGAUUGUCUGUCUGCCUGCAUACAAACGUAUCCUUGUCCAAACCCAUUCAUUAAUGUGUGGUCUCACGCUGGCAUUGAGCUG